GGACGAUUUACUGUGUAACACAGAUUGGAAACAACCAGCGUUGACGAGUUAUUCGUGAUUUUGACAACACUAAAGACGCAAUACAUCCACAUUGACCAUAAAAAACAUUAAUAGCAGCAACUGCCGACUAUAUGGCAUUUCUUUGCGAUUUGUUUUUCAGCAGAACACAUUUUUUAAACCGCCACCUGAUCCUCUUUGCUUUUUCAAGUCUACUUCCGCGUACAUUUUUUCUCCCCACUGACACACGGCAACUUUCGAACAGGAAACAUACGAGACGCUCUUGCCCUUCGUUUCAUUGCUUUUCUGUUGCUCAAACCCAGCCAUGAGCAUCAUCGGGGCUGAAGAUGAGGAUUUUGAGAAUGAACUCACCGAUGUGGUUGAGGACCAGUGUUCAAGCUUUAACCACAUAGAGAAGCUGAAAGAACGACCGACCCACCUGCUCGUAUUCCUGCAUCAUGUUAUUCUGCAGUUUGAUCCCGCUCCUUUGCUAUGCUACCUCCAUGCUGACCUCUUCAAGAACCUCGGUGCCAAAGAGACCAAGAAGCAGUUUGUGGAGUUCCACAACACCUUCAUAGACAAGAGUGCAAAUCUCCAGGUGGCAAUACCACGACAUGUAUCACACGAAUUGGACCGGACACGUCCAGAACUGAUAGCUGACGAUGUCCAGAGGCUAUACGCCCAGGAAGUUCAGGCUCAACAAGCUGCCGAAGUGGCUAAACAGCUGGAAGACUUCAGGCAGAAGCGGACGAUGGGUAUGACCCCCAAUGAAGCAGAGCUUAUCGACGUGGAAAGCCAUUAUCACACUGACCGCGUCCCAAAAGAGAUGAAGGAGAAGUCUGUGGCGGAAAACCUUCUGGAAAAAAUGUUUGAAACACAGCCGCCAAUUGUCUCAGACGAGGAUAAAUGCCAGUCCAUAUUUUCCGCCGUCGUCGUCUACAUGAAGCACCUCGGCGUCAAGAGCAGAGCAGUGGAUAAGAAGUCCAGAGGUGGCUUCUUCAGAAGGCAACUGGUUAAGAAUAAGAAGGAUGAGUCCACAAAGGCCAAGCCCAGAGGUGUCUUUCCAGGCAUCCCCAGCUGGAUUGCAGGCAACACUGAGGUCAAACCUAAAAUGGAAACUGAAGUGGAAAAGGAUAAACAGAAUCAGGAUCGUAAGGGUCCAGCUCCUGGCAGAGUUUCGCUGACCGACAUCGCAGCUCCGUCAGCACCGAGCAAGAAAUCGGGAUCCACCGGUAGCUUCGUCUCUGUGCCUGUGGUCGACGUUAACGAAACCUCAGGCAACAAUGUCAGCUCCACCAACAUCCCCGAGGCGUCGCAUAAUGAUGGUGUCUCGAGCACACGUUUAGAGCCCCCUGUCCUGUGCGAUGGGGGCGAUGUGUCCCCUGUGACGCCGGUGGGCGUGCUGACCAUUGGGGAGCCCAUAUCUCCCAUUGACCUGAGCACAGAUGAAGUUGUUGACAGACGGAAGACAAGUAGGAAAUUGGGUCGCAGCGAGAGUGCUCGUGUGGACCGUCACUCCUCUCGCCGCCGGGGCUCCUCCCGUGUUAAACAGAGCCGUUCCCGUAGCGAUGUGGACCUCCAGCCACCUUGUACCACGCCGUCAACACCUUCCCCGCUCACCCCACAGCACAUCCAUCCUGUGGAAGGACCACUCCUAGUUGUCGAAGGGCCUGCCCACUCCCCGACCAGCCCGUCCCCACAACUGGAAGAGGUGGACCCACGCCUUCUGGAGUUUGAGCAGGACCCAGCCAACUGGAGGGAGCUGGCCUCCCCUGAAGCUCUGGCUACCCUGAGCAAGAAGGAGAUCAAGAGACAGGAAGUCAUCAAUGAGUUGUUUGCAACAGAGCAUGCCCAUGUACGAAUGCUCAGCGUUCUUCAGACGGUCUUCUCUAAGCCCAUGGAGAGAGUGGCGCUGCUGACCGCUACGGAGGUUGCCACCAUCUUCCCCAAUUUGGAUGAGAUCAUUGAUAUGCACUAUAAUUUCCACGAGAACCUGAAGAAACGUCGUUUGGAGGACAACUUCAUUAUCAAGUCCAUCAGCACUACAGUGCAGAACAGGUUUGAUGGUACUGAGGGAGAGUGGUUCCAGAAGUUGACGGCACGUUUCUGCAGUCACCAGUCAUGGGCUCUGGAGCAGAUCAAGAUCAGGCAGAAAAAGGAUCCACGUUUCAACUCAUUUAUACAGGAGUCAGAAAGCAAGCCUCAGUGCCGUAGGCUGCAACUCAAGGACAUCAUUCCAAUAGAGAUGCAGAGACUCACCAAGUACCCUCUACUGCUGGAGAAUAUAGCUAAGAACACAGAGAACACCGUAGAAAAGGAGAGAAUCAAGCAGAGCGCAGAGUGCUGCAGAAAGAUCCUCAACCAUGUCAACGAAGAGGUCAAAGUGAUGGAGAAUUUUCUGACCUUGAAGGACUACCAGCGUCGGCUGGACACAUCAGGGCUUAAACCAAGCAAUGAACUUUACACAGAGUAUAAGAACAUUGACCUUACUCAGAAAAAGAUGCUUUAUGAAGGACCUCUAAUCUGGAGAGUCACAAAAGAAAAAGGAAUUGAGGUGCACUGUGUGCUACUGUGUGACCUGCUGGUGCUCCUACAAAAACAAGAUGACAAGAUGGUCCUCAAAUGUCAGAGCAAGAGUACGAUUGCCGUGCAGGAGGGCAAACAGAUGCUGAGCCCUAUUAUAAAGCUGGACUCUGUCUUUCUCCGGGAGGUGGCCACAGAUCGAAAGGCCUUCUAUGUGAUCUUCACCUGGGAGAGUGGAGCGCAGAUCUAUGAGCUGGUGGCUCAGUCUGUGGGAGAGAGAAAAAUUUGGACUGAUGUAAUAAAGACAGCAGUGGAUGAUCUAAAGAAAAGUGUACCCGUGAAGCCCGUACUGCCUGAAGUGCCGCACAUUUACCCGCCAAGACCAAUAGUGAGCCUGGGUGAAAAUGGAAGCUUGAAAAGAAGCAGUGUCUUGUGUCUGCCCACAGAUCAAGACAAGGAUAGCCUGACAGAUGACAAGUCUUCUGACCUCAGACACAGGCUCAUCGAUUUCCUGUCUGAGAAGGGCUUUGACCUCCUAGGUCACUCCAACAGCGAUCAGGAGAAAAUUGCUGGCGUUGCUUUAGAAGAAGUGAUGUCGCUGAAAAGACUCCUGGUCGGCAGCAUCAGUCUUUCAGAGGACUCGCAGGGUGACGAAGAAAAUGGAGAGGAGCAGUCCGAACUGGACAGCUGUCACUCAACAGACAAAAGCCAGAGCACGGAGAGAGGGGGAGAAGAAGAGAGUGACGACAUUAGUGAAAAAGAGGCCAAAUCAGAGGAUGAAAGGAGCAUCAGCGCGCCCAUGGUGUUGUCACCGGAGAGGAUGGAGGAAGUACACAGGCGGCUCCGAAGUCUAGAGCAACAACUCAAGAGGUUACAGAAUGUGGAGGAGGAACACCACAGACUGCAGGAGGUUCUUUCUCAAUUCUCCUUGGAGGGAGUGAACUUCCAGUAAGACCCAUUACUCCACCUGCUGGCCAAAAGAUUGUUGCUGGAACCGGUGUAGACUGUCUGAGGCUCCCCUGAAAAUUCCUCCAUUUUAUAAUAAUUCCCGGCUGGAUGCUUGCUGCCUAUUUUGCUUGCUGUUUGUGUAAAAAAGGAAAAGAAAAAAAAAA